GAGGUGAGAGACAGGUCAGUACUCAACCGCCUGUGUGUGAGAGAGAGAUACCCACUCCCUCUCUCUCUCUCUUUCUCUCUCUCUCUCUCUCUCUCUCACUCUCUCUCAUUUUCUCAUUUUCUUGUGAUUUUAAAAAAGAGUGAAAAAAUGAAAAGAUUCGCGUUUUUUCUGCUGCUGCUGCUGCUGCUGCAACAAAACAACAAUAAAUCAGACGGCGCCAAAAUUUAUGAUCACCCAGAGCCGACACCAAGCAAGCGCCCCGCCCCAUUCCAGCCCCGCGCCCUCCCAGCCCCCUCCAGCGCCAUAUUCUCCACUAAUAUGGCUGGAAUGGCGCAACUGGAAUCAUUGGACGUGAAAUGUGGACGCAGCGGAAUGAAUGUGGAGCUGAGAUUCACAGCGGAGUUCCCAGGAGUGGUGUAUUCAAAGGGCCACUUCUCAGACCCCGCCUGUUUGUAUCUGAGAGAAAGCGACCCGAGAUCUGAUGUUUAUAGGUCUGAUGGGGCUGGUCAAGAGACGGAUGCGGUACGGAAGCUGAGGAGGGGCGUGGGGGAGUCAGGGAAGGACCGCGCAGUUGGCAACACUAUUAUAAUUCAAACUGACCCGUUAAUUCAAGAAGUUUGGGACGAAGCGAGGCAUAUCACGUGUACUUGGUCUCAUUCCCUUACCAAGAGCGUCGCUUUCUUGCCAUUGAAGGUGUAUGAACCUGAUAUUGUCGACGUUCAACUUGACUCCCGCUCCGUCAACACGCUGAUGGAGAUACAAAGGGGUACAAGGGGGGCAGCUGGUCCCCUCCCUGCUCCCCCCACUGGCUAUGUACUUGUUGGUGAUGAUAUCUCUGUGGUAAUAUACGUCAAAGGCACACAGACAGACGCAAACGUGAUGUCGUGCAAUGCUACCACGGCGGGGCGCGAGACCAAAGUGGCGCUGGUGGACGGCCAAGGCUGUCUGCUGCGACCUGACCUCCUCACACCCUUUGCUAAGACUCGCCAGGUCAACGGGGUGGAGGCUGACCUUAUGCUAUACUCGUAUUUGAAGGCGUUCAACAUCGCUGAGAGCCCCGAGUUCACCAUAUCUUGCGCUCUUGAAGUGUGUGAGGACGUGUGCCCGAAAACGUGUCUUAGCGGCCCCCCCAAGGCACGCAGGAGGAGGAGGAGCGGUGGGGAGGUAGUGGAGGAGUUGGUGGAGGAGGUGGAGGGGGUGGGGUCUUCCUCCUCCUCCUCCUCUUCCUCCUCCAGCGUCAAGAAGAUUGUGCUGGAGAGAGGAGUGAUGGUCUUGAGUCGAAGGGAGGAAGGGCGUGCGCAAUGCGUGGCUCAGUCUGGCGUGACCCUCGUGAGUCUGGCAGCGCUGUUCGGGGUGGUGUUCUGCCUAGCGGUGGUGUGUGUGGUGUUGGCGGCCAGGCUGUGGUCCCUCAAGGCUGACAUGAAGAGGAAAGGGAUUCAAGACUAAUAACUGGGCCCUUUUAGCUUAUAAUCUGACAUUGUGUUGGUCAAAAGUUAAAGAAUUGUUGGGUAUAGUACGAUACUUUAGGUCGAGUUAAAGAAUUGUUGUGUAUGGUACGAUGUUUUGCUUUGGUCGGGUUCGGGUACGAUAUUUUGUGUGGAUCACAGGUUAAAGAAUUGUUGGAUUUGGUACGAUAUUUUGUUUUGGGUCGAGUUAAAGAAUUGUGGGAUAUGGUACGAUGUUUUGUUGUUUGUUAAAAAAGGUGUUUGGUGUUUUGAUUUGUUUGUUUUGUGGUGUUUGGGGGUUAAGGGAACGUGUGGUGUUUGUUUUUGACUGGUGAUGGUGGUGGUGGUGGGCAAAUUUCUGCUAAUCCGCUAAUCAACUAGCCAAUAAUUAGCAAAAACUAUGAAAAAUUUAAUUAUAAAAAGAUGGAUGCUAAUAUAGAUUAAAAAAUAUAUAUAUAUUACAUAACAAGAAAUCUAUAUAGUAAUGGAUAACUUAGAGUUGCCGUGUACGAUAAUUAUUCAGCAACUGUCCGGGUCACCAGGUCACUGUUACCAACCCCGCCCAUUCCCUCCCCCUUCAUCUUAAGCUUAAGUUUGUCAAUAUAUAGCUUAUAAGUACUAAUAUACGAGAUGGCAAUAAACUGGCAUAAAUAUGAUACGAUAAUCCACUGAACACGUAUCUUGGCAGCGUUAAAGAUAAAUGGAUGUAGGAUGUUUUUUAUUAUACAAUUCUAAAAUAAAACUUAGCAUUAAUUUCCGUAUCAGUGGUGUUAGUGAGGGAAAUUAUGUGGUAAAAUGAAUAUUCCUUGUUUUGGGCAUGUUAUGGAGCUAGCUUGGAAAUAAAGCGUUUGAAAAAUGUGAAGGAUUGUAGAAAAAGGUGUUUUAUCUGUUAUGUUCGAUAAUUUGUUGUAAAAGUACGUUUUCCUUUUUUUUUUUUUUUUUUUUUUGGCGUUUGAUUUGUGAAGGAUUGUGGGAAAUUGUACCAGAUUUUGCUUGUGGUGUGUUCGAUAACUUGUUGGAAAGGUACGAUGUUUUCUUUCGUACAUUUUAAGUGUCCUUUUGUACGUUUUGUUUUAGUUUAUCAUUAUUUUUGCCUUUUAUAUGUAUCUGUUUGCCUCCUCCCUUACCCCCUCUCUCUCUCUCAUUUUGAUUUCCUAUUAUUAUCUUGCUUAUUUUAUUUAUUUUUUUUUUCAUUUUUUCUCAUUUUAAUAUUAUCACCCUCCUUUUUAGUUUAUUUACCUCUCUCUCUCUCUCUCAGUUAAGUCCCUAUGCUCUCUUUAAUAAUAACAAUAACAGCUUCUAUAGAUAAGAGAAUUUGUAAGAUAGUUUUAAGAUACGCAUAAUUCUCUCUCUCUCUCUCUCUCUCUGUAGUAUUAAAUUUCUCUCUCUCUCUCUCUCUCUCUCUGUCUAGUAUUAAAUUUUUAUAACGCAAGAAAUAAAUUUGAAGAAAUAUUUUUGAAGUUAUUGUCAUAGUAGUAGUAGUAGUAGUGGUGGUGGUAGUAGUAGUACCCUUGAACGUAUCUAUGAAAAUCUCUCUCCCUCUCUCUCUCUCUCACACACACACACACACACACACACACACACGAAGAUUGUGAAUAAUAAUCCCAUCAUUAUAAACAUUACGAAAUUAUUAUUAUUAAUCAUCAUCAUCAUCAUCAUAUGGAAAAAUAUAUAACUCUAGAAGCAUCACUAUAAACAUUUGCUCGUCCUACCAACAUUACACCAACCAACAUUGUAGUAACCAAUAUAUAUAAAUAACCAAUAUAUAUAAUAAAAAGAUAAAGAAAAUAAAUAAAUAAAUGAAAUAAACAUUGAAUUAACCAACAGAAAAAUAAAGAAAAUAAAUAAAUAAAUAAAAUAAACAUUGAAUUAACCAACAGAGAAAAAUAAAGAAAAUAAACAAAUAAAUAAAAUAAACAUUGAAUUAACGAACAGAGAAAAAUAAAGAAGUAAACAAAUAAAUAAAUAAAUAAAAUACAUUGAAUUAACCAACAUACAGAAAAAUGAAUAAAUAAACAAAUAAAUAAAUAAAUAAAUAAAAAGUAAAUUAAGUAGAUGAAUUGAGACCAAAAUUAAAAAAAUAAAUAAAAAUAAAUCAAAUAAAUUAAAUCUUUAAGUAGAUAAAUUGAGACCAAGAUUCUAAAAUUAAUUAAUAAAAAAAAAAAAAUGAAAAGUUUAAGUAGAUGAAUUAUUGAGAAACGAAGAUAGAAGUGAAACAGACAUACAUACAUACAAACAAGUAAUAAUAAUAAUAACAAUAAUGGUAAUAGUAAUAAUAGUAAUAAUAACUAUGAAUAUAAACAUCAAUAGGGCAAAAACAAAAGAAUAAUACUAAUUUUGAGAAUAAUAAUAAUAAUAAUAAUAAUAAUAAUAAUAAUAAUAAUAAUAAUAAUAAUAAUAAUAAAGAACAAGAACAACAAAAAGAAGAAGAAGAAGAAGAAGAGGAAGAAGAGUAAUAAUUGACACCACCACAAACAAACAAACAAGCAAACAAACAAACAUAUUUCUCUCCACCUCUGAAUAAAUAAAUUUCAGAAUAUUUUCCAAACUUAACCAAAAUUAAAACAAGCAAAAAAAAAAAAAAAAACAACAACAAUUUUUAAACCUCACCUUUUAAAUCUUGUUAAUUUAAACCUAAAAUAGAAAAAAACUUACUUAACAACACAAACAAACAAACAAACAAACAAAUAUGCAAAACAAAAAAAUAAAUAAAAAACUUAAAAUUAAUGAGAUUCCUUUUAAAAAUUUUCAUAAUAUUCUUAUCACAACCUUUCAUUAAUUAAUUUAUUUGUUUAUUUGUUUAUUUAUUUACUAUUUUUAUUAUUAUCAUUAGAAUUUUCAGUUUCGUUUUUUUUUAGUAAAUUUUUCACUUGUACCAUCUCUCUCUCUCUCUCUCUCUCUCUCUCUCUCUCUCUCUCUCAUUCAAAACCCCACUAAUCCUUUCCUCUUAUCCACACAACCUCUCUCUCUCUCUCUCUCUCUCUCUCUCUCUCUCUCUCUCUCUCUCUCUCUCUCUCUCUCUCUCUCUCUCUCUCUCUCUC